AUGGCGAUCCGAGAACGACUUCAACAACCCAUAGCGACCAUUAUGAGUUAUAAUCCUUGCGAUAAAGUCGAUACCUAUCAAAGCAAAGGAUUAUGGAGACUAUUUAUUAAUGAAGAUGAACUAGUUUGUGAAAUUUUAGCAACAUGUUCACGCUUGGAAGUUCUAUGCCUAGCUGAAAUUAAGGUGAUGCAGUUAGCUAAGCAACAAAAUUCCAUUUUGAAGCGAUCCUUUACCACCACUUUUGAUUCAAAGGCCUACUUAUUUUUAAAUGAAAUGCAUCGAUAUUUUAACUACAUCUCGGAUAAAGAAGAUAUUUCAUUACCUGUGUAUUUAAGGACAUUAGGAGUCGAUAUGCUUUUUCCUCAUGCUCUUCUAUUUAUUGAUAAUCCCAAUAAAUUACUUACCGUCGAGAUGAAUCAAAGUUCGCCCAUGACAGGAUACUUUGACCAGUUGGCUAACUUGAAUCAUAUCUUGACCAUUAGCAAUACUUUACGCGAUAAAAUUGAUGAAGAACCUUUCCAUAAAUAUAUAGCUCAUCAAUUGGCUUUGCUAUACCGCGCUGUAGACCAUCUUGGGUCACGUAAAAAACAGUAUAAACAAAUUAUCCUGGAAAGAUUUGAAGAAAUUAAACAAGCAUGCCAAAAUGUUAAUCAAGAUUCAUCAUCUACUUUAACACCAGAAAUGAAGUCAUGGAUUGUUGACUUAACAACUUCAAUAACUGAUACUAUAAGGACUUUACCCCAUGAUAUUACAGAUAAAAUGCAGCCAUUUAUUAAUUUUUAUCUAAAAUAUAACAAUUACUAA